CCCUAUAAGCUCGGCCUCCCCCUGUGGUCCAGCGGGGGAGGCACCUUGUGUUUCUCUUGUCUCUUGGCCAGCUUGACUCUGUCUCUGAGUGUCUGUCUCCAAAUCUCAUAUAUGUAUCUGUCUUCUGUGAACUCUCCCUGUGCAACCCACCUAUCCUGCGUCUCUCUCCGAACUUAGUUCUCCUGUUUCUGCACUUCUCACCUCUCUCUCUGAAGUUCUCUGUCCUAUUUUCCGUCCUUUCACUCUGAUCCCUCACUUCUUUCACCUUCCUAGGAAGCCAUUUUCCUCUCUUAUCCUCCUUGGGGGUCCCCCAGAUCUCCGGUUUUCUAUCUCCAGCAGGGCGGACAAGGAGGUCUAGUAUUUGCUGCUUCUGCUUGCGCUCCUCCAGCGACUUUGGCUCGCAGGCGCCCCCGUGUGGCCAACAUGGAGUACUGGAUGGCGGCGAGGGUGAGCGCCCAAGCAAGACAUGCUGGGGUGUAGCACGAGACAUUCAGAGGUGGUGCGACCUACGCCAAAUGUGAGGGCACGCCUCAGAGGUGGUGUGGAACGCCAGGAGAUGACGUGUGACUGUGUGACAAGUGAGCCUGUGGGCCACUGUGCAUGGCAUCGGACCUGAGAGAGGAACUACCUGGAGACUGUUCGUAACCAUGUCCAACAACAUGGCCAAGAUCGCUGAGGCCCGCAAGACGGUGGAGCAACUGAAGCUGGAGGUGAACAUCGAUCGCAUGAAGGUGUCGCAGGCGGCAGCGGAGCUAUUGGCUUUCUGCGAAACGCACGCUAAGGAUGACCCACUGGUGACUCCUGUCCCUGCCGCCGAGAAUCCCUUCCGCGACAAACGACUCUUUUGCACCCUGCUCUGAGCCCCCAAGAUAGUUUUAUCCUCCCGCGCAGAAAUAUGAAUCCAAUAAACUUGGUGACUUGGUGGUGCCUGCA